CUCUCGGGUUGCGUCUCGUGCAAAAAUUUUCUGUGGACAAAAAGGUGAAGAAGUUGUGCAGCGGAAAGAUGGACGAGAAGCCCAACACGAAGGACUUGAAGGUGGAGCUGAAGAACAUGCGGAUCUGUCGCUUCUGUCUGAACCGCAACGAGCCGCUCACGAACAUCUAUUCGAUUGAAAAUCGAUUGAACAGAUCCGUGCCGCUUCCCUUGCAGAUUAUGGCGUGUGUCGCCAUUGAGGUGUUCGUGAACGACGGAAUGCCUUCCUGGAUCUGCGAGGGAUGCCGCGUCUUCAUGGAGCACUGGUAUCGCUUCAAGCAGAUCUGCAAGAAGUCCGACACGCAUCUCAGGCAGUUUCAUCUCACCGGAGAUGUGCCGGAUCGCCUCGAGUUGCCGCUCUUGCCGGCUGAGUUCCACAAGGCUCUGGGGAAGCACCAGACUCCAGCUCACUCUUCCCCGUCGACUUCAACCACACCGUCACCCUCGUCGGCCUCCCAGCAGGCCUACAAACGUCCUCGUCCGCAAUCUGCGCAAACGACGCCGCUGAAGAAGCCGAGACAAGAAGUGUUUGAGGUCACCAGCAUGGGCAAAACCGUGACCAUCACGAAGAACGUGAAGUCAGAGUCACCGCCGCCGGUGAAGUUGCUCAACAAGUCGCCCAGGAUUCUCAACAAGCCCUCAAGUGGCCGAAUUGUGCCGAUGCUGAGCGAGCCGAUCAUCAAGACCAACGAAUCGGGCACCGUUGAGAUCAUCACAGAAGUGCUGGACAACAUGGAGACGUACAAUGAGCCUGAUCCCAUCAAAUUCGCACCGCCGGUGGAGACGAACGUCUUCCCGUGUCCACACUGCGAGCGCUCGUUCCCGUUGCGCCAGCUGCUCGACAUCCACGUGAAGAAUCACACGAGGGAGCGCGGCUACGAAUGCGCCGUGUGCGAGAAGAGAUUCUUCAGCAAGUACGACUUGGGGAAGCACAUGCUGACGCACACUGGCGAGAGGCCUUAUGAGUGCGUGGUGUGUCGCAGGAGCUUCUCGCGAUCGACUCUGCUGCAUCGCCAUGAGAAGAUCCACACGGAUCAGCCCAAGUAUCUCUGCGGAUACUGCGAGCGUCCCUUCUUGUCUGUGGCGGAGUUGGAGAAGCACUCGGAGAAGCACCGGAAGAACAGACCUUUUCACUGCAAAGAGUGCGACAAGAGUUUCGCCUUCAAGCAGGGUUUGGAGCGUCAUGAAGUUGUGCACGCCAAGGAUCAGCCGUAUCCCUGUGAGUACUGCGACAAGAGCUUCAGCACGCCGAGCAAGCUGGCAAGGCAUCUCACCGCUCAUGCUGGUCAUCGGCCAUUCCCGUGCAAGAUGUGCCCGAAAUCGUACGUGUUGAGCCAUCAUCUGACCAGACACAUGCGUUCGCACAUGAACAGCGUCGCCACGUACAAUUGCUUCGAUUGUGGCAGCACAUUCUCAUCUCGUGAUGAACUCAUCUAUCAUUCGGCUGUCCACGCCACGCAGAGUCUCGUCUGUCCGCUGUGCAAGGAGCAGUUUGGGGAUCUGGAUGAGGUGACGGAGCACAUCAAGAGUCACACGGAGGGUGAUCAGUAUGCGUGUGAGUUCUGCGAUUUGAUCUUCACCACGGAGGAGAAGUUGAAUGAACACACGUCUGGGCAGCACUUUGAGGAUCAGCAGAAGUACGGGCCGACAGUUAAGCAGGAUGACGAGGAGGAGGAGGAGACACUGACGGAGGAGGUGAUUGAGGAGUAUGUUGUGCCCGAGGAGGACAUUGAUAGUAUUGAGCCAAAGGUGAAGCAGGAGAAAGUUGAGCGAGUGGUGAAGACGACGCCGACAAUGAUUAAGUGUACGUAUGGGAAGUCAUCGGCGCAGAAGAAGGCGCAGCAGGAGAAUCAGACGUCCGAGGCGGAAAUUAGGCGUUCUGCGCGUGCGGCGAAGGUGAGGAAUUAUGCGGAUUUGUCGCAGGAGAAGCUCGACGAUGAGGAGGAUGAGGAGUUCGACAAGGAGACGAUGGAGGAGGAUUUCUCGCCGGAUGAUGAGAAUUACAAGACAGAGGAGGAGCCUGAGGAGGAGGAAGAGCUGCCGAAGAGCAAGAAGAAGGCGCCUCGUGGUGGACAGAAGGGCAGUUCGACGCAGCAGAAGAUUUCCGAUGUGUUGCGCGAGGCGGGAAAGAAGUCUCAGGCGUCGACGAAUGUUCAGGACACGCUGAAGGGGCUGCCGAAGGGUGUGACAGUGACCAAGAGGGAUGCGACGCGGGAGAAGCAGACGUACGGAGGGAGUCAGGGAAGGAGAGUGUCUCCGGGGAAGCCGGAGAAGAAGAGUCCGGCUGCGAAGCCCAGGGAGAAGCAGCAGCCGAUGGAGCGAAAAGUGCCGAAGAAGGAAGUGAUGACUGAGGAGGCGCCCAAGGAGAAGACGACGGAGAUUAAGAUUGGGAAUCAGAUACUGAAGGUGAAGAAGGUGGUGAUGAUGAGGAAGGGCGAAGCUGGAGGAGGAGCUUCGACGUCAAAGGGUGGGAAGUAA